CCUUUAUUCCAUUCGACAGGUGACCUAACCUACAAGUCAGUGUUGGAGUGUUUGUCGAUCGAUACAGGAAACGAAAGAAGACCGCCGUCCAUCACAGUGACCUCAUGUGAUGACGGCAGUCUUAUACUCACACACCUUGGCUGCUUAUCAAGCCACAAUUUUCAUUUUAAUGAUUCACUUUGGAAUUACCAAGUUGCUCGCUUCAAGUUUGACGGCAAUAUUGUCAUAACAAAUCUUGUUCACUUAAGAGGGACGAACGCCCUAUCGUUGACCGGAGAAAAUAUUACUAUAGAUUUGAACGGAGUUUUGAAAGUUGAUGUAAACACCAUGCCUUCGUCUCACAAAGAAACAAGAUUGGUUGGAGGUUUUGUCUCUGCGAUUGGUGCAAAUGGUAAUCCUUAUGGUGGACCGGGACGGGGAUUGUACUACAAGAAAGAAGCUGGAGGGGCUGGCCAUGGUGGUCACGGGGAAGGAAAGAGAAAGUACUCGUACAGCAAACCAUAUGGUCUUAAAAAUGUCGACCACUAUUUGGGAGGAAGCACAGGAGCGUUUACGGGUUCAAAUACGCCAGGGUUUGGAGGACCAGCAAUUGAACUGAAUGCUACAGGAAAGAUAGAGAUCAGAGGAGCAAUAGAAGCGAGUGCUAUAUCCAAUCCAGUUUUAUCAGGCAUUUCCAGCAACGAGAAGAUAGGAGGAAAUUCUGGUGGCCUAGUCAGACUAAUAGCUGAAACGGUUCAUAUUUCGCAUGAAGCAAGGAUAUAUGUCAACGGCAGUAAGGGGAUUUGCAGUGGCAAAAAUUGUAAGGCUGGUGGUGGAAGUGGCGGGAUAGUGCAAAUCAUAUCCUCUUGUGGUUCUAUCGCUCCUAAUGCCAUUUUUUUAAGUGGAGGUAGCCAAGCAGAGGAUGGUUUCCUUUACAUCAAGGGUAUCAGCGAAGGUAAUUUUCAAACAUUUCCUGAUGAUCCGUAUUCCUGGGGACAAAAGAGUUCAUCAACAAGAACUCUAACUUCGGGUGCGCGAAUAACAAUUCCCGCCAGUACAUCUCCGAGAUACUCGUCAUCUGAAAUAACAACAGUUAACAGUGCUAUUUCGACAGCUACAUUCCAUACAACAUCAAAGGUUUUUACGUCAAGUGAAUUAGAUACGACCACAAGCUAUGCGCAUGACAUCUCAACGAGAACAUCACACCAAAUUUCCCCAGUCCGUAUAGCAAGCAGUUCGUCGCUUCAGCCUCCACAUCCCACAGAGUCGACCAUUAGUGGUUUGAAAUACGUUCCUGUAUGUUUCACUGCUUCAGUGCCGCCUUUUAAAAAAGGAACCGUUGAGGAUUUGCAAAAUCUUCUUGAAAAAGUAAAGACAUACAAGGAGAAUAAAGUCAACACCUCCAAUCCAGUGGAAGCCAUAACUCAGUUUCUGGAAUCGUUCAGAACUUUUGCAGUGGUUGGGAACUUAACAACGUACAUUAUAAACAUCAGCAUAUCCCUGAUUGUAGAAUUAAAUGAACUGAUGUUGUCGGACCGUCACCAUAAAUUACAGCUCAUUUCUGCUUUACUCAACACUGUUGAUGAACUCUUGGACGACAAAAACGCUGCAGUAUGGCGCAGUAGCGAAAUGCUCAUGGAUCUUGUGGAAGCUGUGGAGAAGACAGCUUUGUUAGCAAUAAAUUAUACGUCUGCCACUAACCAAAGCGUGAUGUUAAUCAAGAAAAACCUAGAAAUGCAUUCAAUAGUACAUUACGUCAAUCCCAACAGCAAUGUGACGAUACCCAAUCCUAACAAACAAUCUCGGUCAACAGCCUUAAUAACUCUUCAAGCAAGUGGAUUAUCCAUGAACAUUAGUAGAUACACAAAAGAGGGUCGCCUUGCUGUGAGCAUGGUUAUCUACAAAAAUCAAAUAUCCUAUUUCACAAGCAGGACACCGUCCGCUGCAAUAGACGGGGAGCAUUUGCGAGAAGCUGUUCUCAACUCAGAAAUCAUAUCCGUUAUGGUGUUUUAUGACAGACAACCUCUUCAUUUCCUUGCGAAGGAAGCCUUUUUGACCUUUGGAGACAAGAUACAAAUUGGAGGAAAUUCAAAGUGUGUUUACUGGAAGUCCUUUUCUGGGGGAGGAGAAUGGUCAUCCAAUGGCUUAUCAUUGAUCAAGAGUGACAGUGAGAGCACUGUUUGUUCAACAAAUCAUUUAACAAGCUUUGCCGUCAUCAUGAGUUUCACGGAAGUCGAUGUGUCCCCAAAAGAUCAAUUUGCUCUGGGGAUUAUCACUUACAUUGGGUGUUCAAUAUCACUGGUGUCUCUUGCCUCUGCCAUAAUGAUAUUUCUAUAUCUAAGGUCGUUAACGGACAUCAGAUACCAAAUUCAUCUCCACCUAUGCAUUGCCUUGGCAAUGGCUCAAGUGGUUUUUCUUGUGGGAAUAACAGCAACAGAAAGAAAGUGGUUAUGUGCAUUAGUAGCUGUUCUUCUACAUUACCUGUACACCGCAAGCUUCGCUUGGAUGAGUGCAGAAGGACUGCAUCUUUAUUUCAAGAUCGUCGCUGUCUUUAAUCUCCAAAAUCUCAAAUUCAUAUACUAUGCUGUUUUUGGCUGGGGAUCUCCCAUCAUUGUUGUUGGAAUAUCUGCCAUUACCAGAACGGAAGGAUAUGGUACAAGAAAUACGUGCUGGCUGUCAUUGGACAAGGGACUCAUUUGGUCGUUUGUUGGACCAGUCGCAGCCAUAAUUUUGUUUAACCUGUCCAUGCUUGGAAUGACGAUAAAAGUUUUGGUUUCCUUGACUGAUGUGGCCGAGAGUAACGUACAGAAAAACUCUCUGAGAUCUUGUAUUAAGGCGGCUUUGAUCUUGAUGCCUUUGCUGGGUAUAUCGUGGAUUUUUGGCCUUUUGAGUGUCAACUCUGGAACCAUUGCAUUUCAGUAUUUGUUUGCUAUAAUGAAUUGUUCACAGGGUCUUUUCAUCUUUAUUUGUCACUGCAUCGGCAAUACGGAGGUUCGUGCGGCUUUGAUUAGAUCGAAGAAGAGACAUUCCGUGAAAGUUUCAACUCAAAAUCGGUGUUCCCGACAGAUAUCCUUGGACAAAAUGAAGACCAAAUCGAAAGUACUAAAACAAUCGGAAGACCAGAAAAAUCCAAAAACAGACAUAGUGAAGGUGGAAGGGAGCCAAUGAGUAGAUAUUUCAUUUUAACGAAGAAACACUGUGAAACUUACUUUUCAUUAUUGUUGAUUUAUUAGUAAUCUAAAUACAAUCUUUUCCUCUUAAGAAAUAAACCCGGAGCCUUGACAUUCGAGUGUAACCUCAGGGAAUCAUGUGCAAGGAUUGUUUUCAUCAGCAACGUUAUCUCCAAAAAUUUCAAAAUAAAAAUAAAAUUAAAAAACAUUAUGAAAAAAAAAAAAAAAACUGCUCAGUUUAGCUUAGAGAUAUGGUGAAACCAACUCUUUCAAAAUCGUAUAUAAAGGUUUCGUUUGUCCCGGCAAAAAUUUUGAGUAACAUUAUCGCUAAAAUGAACGUGCUCAAUACAGGCGAUGAAAACUUCCAUUUGUACUAUGUCUGUACAUCCAUAGGUUGAAAAACUGAAGGAUAAAUGGAUCUCUUGAUAGAGAAGCCAUGAAGGUAAAACAACUAUUCCACUCAAAUGUAAAUAAUGGCAAAGCAGUUAUUUGCAAGUUUAAUGUUAUGUUAUCCGUGACUCUCGCAGAAUGUCAAACGUAUCAGAAUUAAAGAGGACAGAGAAAAUCACA